GCCGCGGAGGCCCCCAAGGCGCGCCUGGCCGCGGAGGCCGCGCCGCCCGGCCCGCCAGCGCUGGGCGGCGGGCGCCUGGCGCGGGUGCUGCAGGAGCAGCGCGAGGUGGCGGAGGAGCUCGGGCGCCUGCAGGCGCGGCAGCGGCGCCUGGUGGACGAGGCCGCGGCGCUGCUGGGGCUGGAGGGGCUGGCCGGCGGACCAAGGGAGCUGCGGGUGCUGGAGGACAGCGCGCCUCUGCCCGGCCGGUCGCUCAGGGGCAGUACCAGCACCUCGAGGCCCGGGGGGGCCGCCGUCGAGCCCAGGGAGGAGGUCCUGUCGAUGUUGGACUGCCUGGCUCCGGGCGAGGGCUGCUGCGCCGCCGCCAAGGCCUCCGUGCGUGCCAACGCCGAGCUGCACGCGCAGCAGGAGGCCGUAGUCGCCAGCCAGACGCGGCGCCCUUCCACUGGGCUGCCCACUCCGGCCGCGGCGGGGGGGCCCUUCGACCUGGGCUGCUCACUGCUGGGGCCCGCAGAGGUGGCAGUGCUGCUUCAGAGUGGGCUGGCGGCAGUGCCGCAGGGGAGACAGGUCCAGCAAAACCAGCGCAUGCUGCUCGAGAUGAUGGUCGCUCAGCCUCCUCUCUUUGUCAAGGGCGUCUUGUACGAGCUGUCCAACAACGGCUCCGCGCGCGUGCUGAGCAACCAUCUGCUGGCGCUGCUGGACCUCGCGCAGGACGCCGUGAGACAGAACGCGCGCCUGGACGUGGCCGACCUGUUGACCACUGCACUCGGGGUGCCGAUGCCCCAGAGGGCCGACUUCAUGGCCGGCGGGCGCCACGCGAGCAAGUCGUACAUCCUCUUCGUGGCCCGGGCCGCGCGGAUGGUCCUGGACGAGUGCGAGCCGUACAUCGCCCUGAAGCAGUGGCUGCAGUGGGCCGACGUGCCCCUGCCGGCGCACGCCGAGCUGGUGCCCGCCGCGCAGCGGGCCGUGGGCGAGGCGGCGCGGGCGGUGCAGGAGGCCGACGAGGCGGGCGCGCGCUGGCUCCAGGAGCGCGGCCCGGCCCCGCCCGCGGGCGGCGAGCCCGCGCUGCCCUGGAGCGCGCCGCCCGGCGCGGGCGCGCUGGAGCUCGCCAGGGGCCUCUACGCGCAGGCGUUUGCCAAGUGCCGCCGCGCGCUGAAGGCCCACCCGGAGGUGCUGCACUCCCCCUGGCUCAAGGACUUCUGGGCGCGCAACUACGACGCCCUCAUCGUGAUCUCCGUGCUGCGGAACGUGCAGGAGGACGUGGACCGGUGCCGAUUCUGGGUGGGCGCCCAGCUCCGGCACGCGCAGAAGUGCGCCUCGUACACCGGCGCCACCGACGUCUGCGACGCGCUGUGGGAGCGCAACCCGGCCGCGGAGGUGCGGCUGGUCGAUUGCCUGGUUGAGAUUUUGUAUUUCUACGAGGCCGACCGAGAGAAGUAUCGCAGCGACCCUCUCGUGCAGGCGCUCAUCGAUGAGCCACCCGGCCCGUUCAACUUCACAGUCGUUUCCGCCAUGGGCGUCAUCACGGAGGGGGCGGCCGGUACAGAGAUGGCGGCUACGUACGAGCGGCUCAGGAAGGCCCGCGGCGUUGAGGUGGUUCGGGCCGACACUGCCACGCUGCAGUCGGUAGACUACAACGCCACCAUGAUCGAGCGAGCAGUCGCCGAACAGGUGAGGACGCCCUGGGGCUGGGUUGGCUACAGCCAGGGCUGCGCCAACGCCUUCCGCGCGGAGGCCAUGAUGCUGCAGGGAACCCCAGAGCAGCAAAGGCUCAUGAGCGGGUUCUGCUGCCGGCAGAUGCUCUUCUCGGCCGCCAACGGCUCCGCCCACGCCACGUGCGGGGAUCAGAAGCUGCUGCGAGCACUCACGGACGGCGAGCGCUUUGUCAAGAGAUUCCAGGCCAGCAUGUCGGGUGCCACCCAGCAGCUCUUCCUGAACGUCCUGCGCAGCCUGCUGUCCUCGCGCCUCGCGAAGGCGGGGCUGGGCAGCGUGCAGUCGAUGACUCACGAGGGAGCCAGGCGGAUGUGGCGCGACGGGCGGCAUUGCGACUGGGCCCCGACGACGUCCAUGCGGGCGGCCAUCGAGCCGAAUACGCUGCCCGAGUGCUUGCAGAUGCUCGCCACGGUUCUGACCAAGCAGAUGGAGUAUUCCAAAAACCACGACACGCAGGUGGCGCUCGAGGAGGCGGUUGGGCACCCGAUCGGCGUGCAGAACGCCAACGCCGAACUCCUCUCCAAGGUCGACAUGGCCAGCGCGGUGCACCGCACGCACCACUGGUCCCCGCUGAAGGAGGAGGUGCUCUUCGUGGAGACCGAGAGGGACAGGGACAUGGCCGUGUUCGACACCCCCAAGGACAGGCACAUCUUCCCGUGGCUGGAGGUGAACGCCCGCUUCGGCGUCAUCGAGCGCGCCGACCGGCGGCCCGACUGA